CACGUCCUCAAGAGUGGACUUUAACCAUUCAUUAUCAUCCAACUCAAGUGAACUUUGACCCGCUGGACCUGCUGCUAAACUGAGGAACAGUGACAAACAAUGUGUUAAAUGUUUCUUAUUUUGGCUAGAUUACAUUUUCUGUUGAUAUGAGGGCCUGCGGAUAAGAGAGUGAAAGCUUUACAACAUUUGGGGAAGAUGACGCAGAACAUGUUCCAGGAGGGGCUGUACCAGGUGUUUUUUAAGUCUCCCCCCCGCCCACCUGCCGAGGUUACCGAUCAUGUGGAAUUAAUCAAUAGCAGGAUUCAUCGUUGGUUUGGGACUGUGGUUAAUACCAGACUUUUAGUCACUGGGGUGGUGCAAGUCCUCAGUGCCUUAGCUUGCAUAUUCGCCACAGUCACCCAUGCAUGUGUAAGCUACAACUGCUCUGUCUCCAUGACAACACCAGUGUGGUCAAGCCUAUCUUAUGUGGCUGCUGGGUUUCUGGCGAUGGAGGUUCAGAGGAAAGCUAAUAAAUUAAAGAUCAUCACGCUGAUGGGUCUGAAUCUCUUUAGUCUACUGUUUGGCUUCUCUGCUCUCCUGGCCAACAGCCUAAGUUCUACACACCCUGUAGCACUCAACACAAGCCAACAGCGUGUCGGUUCGUAUGUUGCAAAGGGGAGCUCAAUAGCAUUUUCUGUACAGUGUUUUCUGGCCUCCCUCUACAUACUUUUCCUGUCGUUGAGGGGCCUGCGUCGCUACAGUCCAUCCCUUACUCAGGCCUACAGCCGCGUCUCACAGGAUCAACAUGAAACCAAUGGGCCUCUACUGGAACAAGAGGAAUACAAUCUGUGAAACUCAAAGACCUGAAAAGACACAUGCUUGCACAGCAUUUUUAUAGACUCAGUUACUGUUGUUGAUCAUUGUCUGUAUGGUUGGUAUGAACACUUUGUACAAUGCUGAUUGAGGAAACUGUAUGAGAUAUUGUGAAAUGCCCUGACAGUAUCACUUCUCCUUUGGGAUUCCUAAAAAAAACAAAAAAAAUUUCCCAAACAAAAUGCAACAGCAAAGUUAACACCUAAUUAAAUUAAAAUAAACAAACAAUGUGCAUGUGUUCACAAAUGAGCAAUCUCAUUAUCUAACAUUGUGAUGUUUUCUAAUUUUCAUCAUUAUCACAUAUGCUCUUUAGUCAACACCAGAUGGCAGCAUUGUCAGUGAUUUGUCAUGUUCCACAGUCUGAGCCCUAAAUCAAAUCCCUCUGUUUGAUGUAAGAAUAGAUGAUGAAAAUGUUUCACAUCAGUUGCCAAAUCUAAAAAUCACAGAGUCUGCUGACUGCACAACAAAGAUUAUGCGCAGCUCAGGGCAGUGAGUGACAUACUGUAUAUUGAUUUUUAAAAAUGGCCGCACACUAAGCUGCAGUGAUUUAACCACCAGGGUUUUGACCACAUAAUUCACUGCUUUGAUCUAA